AUGUCCGAGUCGGAGGAAGAGCGCCGUCUGCGCAGGGAGAAGAAGAAGGAGGCCGCACGCCGCGCAGCCGAAAAGGAGGCGAAGCAGAAUGCUGCCGCUGCCGCUGCCGCUGCCGGCGCCACAUCGUCUGACGCACGCGAGACGAAAGAAACCGAAGAGGAGCGACGGAUCCGCAAGGAGAAAAGACGUGCACAGCGCGAGGCGGCGAAGAAGCAGGAAGGGGAGGCCGCCGCCGCUGCUGCGACAGCAACCAACGGGAAGGGCGAAGAGACGCCUUCGGCAGGGCACCAUCACCACCCUCACCAGGACAGUCCAGAUGACAGAAGAAAGGACGCGCCCGCGUCCUCGCGCGCGGAGGCAGCAGCGGCGACCGUCACACCAACACCAACAACGAAGAAGAGUUCAUCACAGCCAAUCGACGACACCGCGGCGCUGCUCAGCGCCAUCGAGGCAGAGAACAACGCGGUGGUCACGCAGCACACCGCUCGUAGCCCUGCCGCCCCGCCUGGGGAGACAAAGCAAACCAACGACGACGGCAACAAUAAGAAUGGGAGACAGCGGAAAGAGACGGAGGAGGAGCGGGCGGCGCGCAAGCAGGCGGAGCGCGAUGAGCGUCGUCGUCAGCGACACGCCGCGAAGGCCGCUGCCGCCGCUGCUGAAGGAGGCGGUGAAGACGGCAGGAAUAGUAUGGGCAACGGUGACAGCAGCGCAGAGGCCGGACAAGUAGAGCGGAAGGCGACGCCCCCAUCGGCCGGCCCCAGCCCGACCACCGCAUUCGACGCAAGCGAGCUGCAGCGGCAGGCGUACAGGGCGCAGUUUCAAAAGGACCUCGCCCGUGCGACGGCGCUGCGCCGACUCGUCGACUUCGACAGCAGCAGCGGCGUCGUGCUCGACCUCGCCCCGCAGACCGCCUACGACUUAUACAUCCGUGACUUCGGGAAGAGCGGGCGGGAGCAGGUCGGGGUGCAGGCGCCGCCCGAAGAAGAGCGGUUGGACGCGGCGACGCAGGCAGAGCGGGAGCGGCAGCGGACACGCACGGCGCAGGCGCCGGACGAUUUGGGCCUCUGCCCAGAGGAGGAGGCGGAGCGGCAGUUUUAUCAGCUGCGUCGCAACGUUCUGCAACGCGGCGUCAGCAGCGGGCGGGGCGAUGGGACCGUGGAGGAGGGAGCUGGCAAAACUGCGAACGAGAAAGAAAGCAGCAAUAACGACAGCAGCUCGAAAGCGACCCGCGCCGUCGAUGCGGCCCUCCUCGAGCGCUUUCUCACGAGCACCCUCCCGCUCAUGAGCGCGGUGCUGGACGAGAACAACGCCGCGGCCACCGGUGCGGCAGCGGCAGCCGUGGCAGCCUCCUCCGCCGCGUCGGCCGGCGAUGGCAGCACGAGCAGUAGCAAACCGAAGGGCUCGACGGCCUUCUCUACGUACUCGACGUUUUGCUGGCGCGGCACGCGUAACCGGCCGCUGGUGCAGGUGCUGCUGAACCCGUCCAACACGCGGCAACUGAUUGCCCUGCACGGCCCCCGCGACGAGAGCGGCCCCUCGCCGGUGUUGGACACGUACAUGUCGGUUCUGCUGUUGUGGAACAUGCACGACACGACUACGCCGGAGCGCGUGCUUGUGUCCUUCUCGACCGUCACGUCGGUGUGCGUCAGCCCGUCCUCCCCCCACCUCAUCUACGGCGGCACCGAAGACGGCAAUGUCUGUGUGUGGAGCCUGCGGGAGCCCGACCGGCUGCACCUCGCUGCCGGCCGCUACGAAAAGGUUGUCUUUCACUUGCCUUCCUACAGCACGAGCUGGCAGGCGGACGGCCACAACGCGCCGGUGCGGCAGGUGCGGGUCUCCGGCUACAACGCCAAGACCCCGUUGCGCAAGGAGGAGCAGCACGAGCAGCUCGUGUCGAUGGACGAGCGGGGCGUGGUGUGCUUCUGGGUGGUGUCGGACCGGGAGAGCAGCGCGAAGGGCGCCCAGCUGAUCGACAACGACUACGGGCAGCACCCCUUCACGAGUGUGAGCCUUCACCUGGCGAAGGGCACCUCCGCUGCGGCCUACGACCCGCACGUGGGAGACGGCGCAGCGGACGCGACGGCGGCGAUGGGCUACGGCGCGGGCGUCGCUUCCUCCUUCGACUUCUCACCGCUGGACGCGGCACAGUACGUUCUGACCGCCCCGCACGGCGUGGUUCGCCGCUCUCGCUUCGGCGGCAUCGCCGUCCCCUCGCUCUACGGCCCUUCGCAGACGACCUACUGCAACUUACCAGGCGACAAAGCCAAAAUGACGGCGGCGACGGUGGUGGCCGUCCCGUGCUGUGUGCAUUACUGCGUGCUCGACCCCCGCUGGUUCGUCGUCGGCUACGAGGACGGCACGCUGCGGCCGUUCCUGCACAACGAGGCGACGCCGAAGCUGACGGUCGACGUUGGCUAUCACCCCAUCAUCGCCGUGCGGUGCAGCGGGGCGACGCCGUGGGUAGUGUGGGCGCUGGAUGAGGGUGGUGAGGUGCACAUGGUCGAUCUCGCUCACCACAACCGGCAGACCCCGCGGUGCUCCCACGUGCUGACGCAGCCAGACACGGGCGUCUGCACCUGCAUGGAUAUCUCAGCGAAGGAUGAGAAGGCAGAUCAGCGGAUGCUGGUGGCUGGCUUUGAGAAGGGGAUGGUGCAGCUCCACACGCUGAACAUGGAGAAGCUGCGUGUUGCCAACGCCGAGCGGGAUGAGAAGUGGAUCUAA